GACGAUAGUGUAAUCGAACCGUCCGUUCGUCGGUCACGUUAUGUGAUUAAAAAUUAAGUUUUUUAAAUAAUAUAAAAUAUUCAUGUAAAUAUAUUUUUAGUAUAAUUCUAUUGAUUUUAAUCUGAAAAUUGGUAUUGAUUAUUGAUAUAAAAUUCACUCAUUGAUAUUAUGUUAUAAUUCCAAUUUAGAAAUUACAAUGUGGAGUGUUAUAAAUCGACGUGUAUUCUUCAGGAAACUUGAGCGGCAACUCAUUGUACGUUGCACGUCUACAAACGAUUCAUACGGACUAGAUAAAAUAAAACCAAUACCUGUUCCGGACAUCGUGAGAAAACCACCGCGCUUACCAUUUUUGAAAUCAAUAUAUGCCGGUCAAUAUGAUAUCGAAGUCCUUACAUAUCCAGAAACUCUUAAUCUAGAGAGGUUUAAAGAUCUGGAAUCCCGAGUGCAACAAGUCCAACACAAUUGUACGAAAAUUGAUACUGUCCGUCAACUAGGACUAUUCGGCAUGAAUGCUCCACAUCCAUAUUCAGGCCUUAACUUAUCUGACACCGAAAUUGCUCGUGUAUUUGAACACUUUGAUUCUAAUACAUUCAAAUCUGUGUUUGAUCAUACGCUCUGUAUCGAUAUAAUCAAAACUUUUGGUACACCCAAUCAAAAAUCUAAAUAUUUACCAUUGCUCGCAUCAGGUGCUGUAUGCUCAUUGCACAUCGAUACUGUAACAGGUAAACUAUUGCCCAAUGAGAGUUGGGAACUCACCGGUUCCGUGAAAAAUUCUACAGAUGUUUUCUUGUUAUUCGUUAUUGGAAAUAAAGCUUACAUCGUAGAAAAGGAUAAAACUUUUGUAAAUGGAGAAAAUUUAGAAUUGAGACAAGCGGUCGUUACUCCAGAUGAUAUAAUGGAAAAUGUUAAUUUAACAAAAAUUAUGCAGAAGGGUAAAUUAUAUACGUGUUCAUUAUUGACUACAUCGUUAAAGAGAGUUGUUCAAUCAACCAUUCAAAGUAUAAUACCAAAAACUAGGUUAAAUCUAAAACUAAGAGAGUAUGAUUCUGUUCUCAAGAUAUUAGCAAAAUCGUUAAUAAACAUAUAUACACUUGAAAGUAUGAUUUAUUUAACCACAUGGAUGACUGAUGGAUUUGAUGAUCCUGACAUCGAGCUAGAGUCAGCUUCUAUACAGCUAUUUGCUCGUCAAACUGUUGACAAUAUAUUGAUAGAUUUAAAAAUGAUAAAUGGAAGAAAUUCAAUAAAUGAACAGUUUUUAUCUUUGUGCAAUGAAGUGGAGGAUUUAGUUGAGAGUUUAGAAGGAAGUAUGAAAUUAGCCAAUUUUAUUAGUAGCCGAGGUGUGGAGUUUUUCAAUAAAUCUGAGUAUAAAGAAAAUGUUUCAUUCCUGACUACAGCAUAUAGAAAUAUAAUGAUGAAAAAAAAUAAACCAAGCUUAAAAUACGAUUUUAAACAAUUUCUACAUCCUGCACUCAAGCACACUGCAAAUUUUCUCGAGUAUGAUGUAUUGAAAUUCCAAUUUAUAAUUAACCAAUGUCACGAUGCUGGUCAACUGAACACUGAUAAUCAAAUGCUUAUGGAAAGGUUGUCAACAGUAAUUGUAUACAUUUAUGCUAUGACAGCAGUGAUUGGUAGAGCUUCUAGAUCAUAUUGUACUGGAAUCCGGUUUUGUGAUUAUGAAAUGAAUACUGCAGAAACAGUGGUUAGAGAAUCGUGUGCUUUGCUUAAACCAAUCUUAGAAGAACUAAUGAGUGGAAAAUAUAUUGCAACAGAUUCAGUUUAUGAAUCAUUUGCCGACCAAUUAUUAGUCAAUAAUAUAAACCGAGAACAAAUAGAGGUGUAAAAUAUAUAGUUUAUACUUUAUUACAUUUUUAUUUGUGUGUAAUCAUUGUAUUGUGUAUGUUUCAAAUUCAUUUGUGUAUAGUUUAAAUAAAACAUUCUUAAUUUUAA